GAUUGGUCCUUCUCUGUUUGCUCUCCAUGGAGGCAACUGCUGAUUGGUCGCCUUGUGUUUGCGCUUACAUGGAUGUGACCUUCACGGACCAUUCUAAAGGCACAAGGAAGCAGAGGUCCCUCACAGACCUGCUACGUUACCCGAGACCUGCGUCUCCGUCUCCAUCUCUCUGUCCGUCUUCAUCCUGAGGCUGCUCCCCGAGGGACUCGAACCCGGCUCCUGCCCAUCCCUCCUGACUCUGCUCCAGGUGUGACGCCAUGGCAGCCCUGAAGGAAAAGAGGACCUGCGGCCAGCGAUGUCAGGACUUCGGCCGCUUCGUGUGGAACCCCGAUGACCAGACCUUCAUGGGGAGAACUCCGGAGAAGUGGGUGUACAUCAGUCUGUACUACGUGGCAUUCUAUGUGGUGAUGACGUGUCUCUUCUCCUUGGCCAUCUACGUGAUGAUGUACACGCUCUCUCCCUACGCUCCGGACUAUCAGGACCGGUUAUCAUCGCCAGGUAUCCUCUAAUAUCCUCCUCUCGGGUGUGGGCAGACAUAUGAGAGGUCAUGUGAGAUCACCUUCAACAUGUCAGACAAGAAGAGCUGGAGCAAAAUGUCCAAAUGUUUGGAGCAAUUCCUGAGGCCCUAUAAUGCGACCAAGCAGGAGCACUGUAACAGCCACCCCUGCACCCAGGGCAAAUACUUCUUCCAGCACGAGUACUCCGCUCCACACCACACAAAAUGGUCUUGUGCGUUCACCCAGGACAUGCUGGGAAACUGCUCGGGCCUCGAGGACAAAACCUUCGGCUACUCGGACGGAAACCCCUGCGUGAUCAUAAAGAUGAACAGAGUCAUUAACUUUUUGCCCGGAAAUGGGACAGGAAUGGCCCCAUACGUCAACUGCACUGUCCUGGAAGGAAACGAGAAUGUGAAACACAUGGAUUAUUUCCCUACGAACGGCACCUUUGACCUCUCCUACUUCCCCUACUACGGCAGGAAGGCCCAGCCCACCUACGUGAACCCCCUGGUGGCUGUGAAGUUCUACAUGGUGCAGAAACGGAAGGCCAAGAUUCAGUGCAGAGUGGUGGCCGACAACAUCGCCUACCAGAACAUCCACGACCCGUACGAGGGCAAAGUGAUGUUUUAUCUCACGGUGCUGUAAGAUUUCCAACGUAGCCCAGCAGAACCAGAACCACCAGGGCAGUAAUGUGGGCCUCUCGGUUUGGAGAAGAUUAGGAUUAGUUAGCGGGUCAACAGGCGGUGGUGUUGACCAGGUCCCACUCCUGUAGGGUUUAUAUUCACAUUAUAAGGCCCAACGCAGCACUGUUGCCCGGUCUGUAUAAUACUCUAAAUGUUGCUUUGCAGUGUGGCCAUGUAGUCUUAACAGUGUGUACAUGAAACGUUUUAUCUAUGGUGUGUUUAGACAGAUCAAACCCAACAGCAAUUUUGUGAUUAUUUUUAUUAUUAUUUUAUUUUUUUGUUUUAUUUUUGUCUGUGGGAGUUUUUGGCAAUAAUAUUAAAAUAGGAGUUAACAUUA